CUAUUUUUACCCUUUGCACCUGUAGAGAAAAACCCUAAAAUACUCAAACUUUUCCCAAACCAUUUUCGCUCCUUCGUCUUCUCUUCUCGUUUCCUAUCAAUGGAUCCGGAAACUGGUAAGAAGAAUGAGGAUAUUGCAGAUUCACCAACAUCCGUACUCGGAGAUGAGGAGAUCUGCGAGGAUGAAACUGGAGAUGGAUCUGAUGGAGUUGAAAAUGGUGAUUCAUCUUUACUUUCAUCAAAACUGGUGGAAGAAGAAGAAUAUAAAUUACAAGAAACUGAUGUCAAGGAAGUAGAUGAGGUUAUGAAUGACACCAAGUUUAAUAAAUUGGAUGAACUUCUCACCCAAACACAGUUGUACUCUGAGUUUUUGUUAGAGAAGAUGGAUGAUAUCACAUUUAAUGGGGCGGAGGAGGUUAAGGAAGAGGAACCUGUUGUUACCAAGAAAAGAGGUCGAAAGAGGAAGGCUGGAAAUCAAUAUAACACUAAGAAGGCCCAGAAAGCAGUUGCAGCCAUGUUAUCAAGAUCUGACGAAGGCACAGAACCAGAAGAUGCUAGUCUUACUGUGGAGCAGAGGGCUGAGAAAGAACAGGCUAGACUUGUCCCCCUAUUAACUGGUGGAACUCUGAAGGCAUAUCAAAUCAAAGGUGUGAAAUGGAUGAUUUCACUGUGGCAGAAUGGACUUAAUGGUAUUCUGGCAGAUCAAAUGGGUCUUGGCAAGACUAUUCAAACCAUUGGAUUUCUUGCUCAUUUGAAAGGGAAGGGAAUGCAUGGACCUUACUUAGUAAUAGCUCCUCUUUCUACCUUGUCAAAUUGGGCAAGUGAGAUAUCCAAGUUUACUCCUUCGAUAAAUGCUGUCGUAUAUCAUGGAGAUGCGAAAGCUAGAGAUGAGAUAAGGCGAAAGCAGAUGCCUACUACGAUUGGGCCCAAAUUUCCCAUCGUAAUCACUUCAUAUGAGGUUGCAAUGAAUGAUGCCAAAAGAGUUUUGAGGAAAUAUAGUUGGAAAUAUGUUGUUGUAGAUGAGGGGCACCGGCUGAAAAACACAAAGUGCAAACUCCUGAAAGAACUGAAGCACAUACCCAUGGAAAAUAAGCUUCUUCUCACAGGAACUCCACUGCAGAACAACUUGGCCGAGCUGUGGUCGCUUCUGAACUUCCUUUUGCCUGAUAUUUUCAAUUCCCAUGAAGAAUUUGAAUCAUGGUUUGAUUUAUCAGGAAAGUGCAGCACUGAAGCCGAGAAGGAAGAGUUGGAAGAGAGAAGAAGGGCUCAGGUGGUGUCGAAGCUUCAUGCAAUCUUACGCCCAUUUCUCCUGCGAAGACUAAAGUCAGAUGUUGAGCUGAUGCUCCCUAGAAAAAAAGAGAUCAUUUUGUAUGCAACUAUGACUGAUCACCAAAAGAAAUUGCAAGAUCAUUUGAUUAAUAAAACAUUUGAGACCUAUAUGGCAGAGGAAAAGGGAGAGCAGAAUAAAUUCGUGAAGGGCAAGCUGCGCAAUUUGUUUCUUCAACUUCGGAAAAACUGCUAUCAUCCCGAUCUUUUAGAAUCAACCUAUGACGUAACAAACCUUUAUCCGCCUAUUCAAGAAUUAGUGGAGCAGUGCGGUAAAUUCCGUUUACUGGACAGGCUAUUGGAGAAACUGCUUGCUCGGAAGCACAAAGUGCUCAUAUUUUCCCAGUGGACUAAAAUGUUGGACUUGAUUGAUUAUUAUCUCAGUGAAAAAGGGCUUCAAGUCUGUAGGAUUGAUGGCUCUGUAAAGCUAGAUGAAAGAAAGAGACAGAUUCAGGAGUUUAAUGACAUCGAUAGCAGUUAUAGAAUAUUUAUACUCAGCACUAGGGCUGGUGGACUGGGAAUAAAUCUAACCUCUGCAGAUACCUGUAUUCUAUAUGACAGUGAUUGGAACCCUCAAGCAGAUUUGCAGGCGAUGGAUAGAUGCCACAGGAUAGGCCAAACCCGUCCUGUUCAUGUUUACAGGCUCGCAACUGCCCAAUCUGUUGAGGGUCGGUUGUUGAAGAGGGCUUAUAGUAAAUUGAAGCUUGAACAUGUUGUGAUUGGAAAAGGACAGUUCCAGCAGGAAAGAACUCCUACUUCUUUGGAAGCCAUUGAGGAAACUGAUAUCUUGGCUCUGCUCCAAGAUGUAGAAGAUCCCGAGGAGAAGAUGAUUCAGACUGAUAUCAGUGAUGAAAGUCUCGACAAAGUCAUGGACCGCACCGAUCUGAUUGCUGACCCAAAAUCAGAAGAAGACACCAAUGCCUGUACUGGCUUUGUUCUUCCUCUUAAAGGUCCUGGCUGGGAAGUGAUUCUACCGGUUGCAGGUGGAGGCAUGCUUAGUGCACUCAAUAACUGAGUGUGUGCCUAUGUGGAGUGUGGGUCCCAUAUUUUGCUUAUCUAGGAAAGCAAGGCUGUCAUAUGUGGCCAUCUUUUCUUUUCUUUUAUUUUCUUUUCGGGGGAGUCAGUGUUGAAGCAGUAUCAGGUAUCAACUGUGAAAUAGCUCUUUCUAGUGGUUCUCUGUUUUGGUGUAAAUGGUUAAGGAAAUGUCUAAAUACUGAGCUCUCUUAGUAAAACACUGAGAAGUGGUUAAAUUGAAUCGAUGCUAUCUUUUGAAUGGGUUUCUGAAACCACAUUAUCUUGUAGAAAGAAAAGGUAACGUUGUGGAUUCUUAUUCUGUUUUUACUCUAAAAUUAACGAACUAAUUUUUAUUCUAGUUGUCAAUAA